AUGGCGCUUUUCUGGAGGGCCCUGCUGUUGGCAGGCUCCUGUGUGUCUGCAGUCCAGGGCUGGCCGGCGGAGGACAGCGAGGAGGACAUGGACAUCCUGCCCCAGCCCCUGCACAUCGCACAGGAAGGCCACCUGAUGGUGCUGACGCCUGCAGGUCUGACCCAGAUGCUCAACCAGACCCGCUUCCUCCUGGUGCUGUUUUAUGACCCGUCCUCAAAGCAAUCCAGGAGCCUCGCCAAGGAGCUGGGCAAAGCCGUGGAGAUCGUGGGCAAGGGCAAGAACGGGGUCGGCUUUGGCAAAGUAGACAUCACGGUGGAGGAGGAACUUCGCCAGGAGUUUGAUGUUCAGAAGCCCCCAGAAUUGAAGCUGUUUUUUGAAGGCAACAGGUUGGCACCCAUCAGCUGCAAAGGAGUGGUUGAGUCUGCUGCCCUGGUCGUUUGGUUGAGAAGACAAAUUAGCGAGAAAGCGUUUCUGUUCACUGACAUCCACCAGGUGACAGAGUUUGUGAAAGCCAGGCCCUUGGUGAUCAUUGGCUUCUUCCAGGAUUUAGAAGAAGAAGUAGCCGAGUUGUUCUAUGAUGUGAUCAAAGACUUCCCAGAGCUGACGUUUGGAGUGAUGUUGAUUAGUAAUGCCAUCGGGCGUUUUCGUGUCACCCUUGACAGUGUUCUGGUGUUCAAAAAGGGGAGAAUUGAGAGCCGCCAGGAGCUUAUUAAUGACAGCACCAACAAGCUUGUCCUCAAUCAAGUCAUACGACAGCACCUCACAGGCUUCGUCAUUGAGUACAACUCUGAGAGUAAGGAUCUGAUUUAUGAGCUGCACAUCCAGAAUCACAUGCUGCUUUUUGCCUCCAAAAGCUGCAAGUCGUUCGGUGCGAUCAUGCAGCAUUACAAGCUGGCCUUGGAGGAGUUCCAAAACAAGAUCCUCUUCAUCCUGGUGGAUGCAGACGAGCCUAGAAACGGACGUAUCUUCGAAUACUUCCGGAUCACAGAGGUCAAUGUCCCAUCUGUCCAAAUCCUGAACUUAAGCUCUGAUGCGAGAUACAAAAUGCCUUUCGGGAGCAUAACCUCCCAAAACCUCAAGAAAUUUGGCCGCAGCUACCUGCGUAGAAGCGCCAAGAAACAUCAGCCCAGUGAGGAGGUCCCACCGCACUGGGACCAGGGGCCGGUGAAGCAGCUCGUCGGGAAGAACUUCCAACCCAUGGCCUUCGACAAGGAAAGGGACGUCUUUGUGAUGUUCUACGCGCCUUGGUGCAACCAGAGCAGAGGGCUGUUCCCCGUGUUGGAGGAAUUGGGCAUGAAGUACCGAAACCACUCCACAGUCACCAUCGCCAUGAUUGACGUCACCGCAAACGACAUUCAGCUGGUGCACCUGGACCGGCACCCCUUCUUCAGGCUCUUCCCCGCCAACUCGCAGCAAGCGGUAGUGUACACGGGAGAACACACCGUGAAGGGCUUUUCUGACUUCCUGGAAAGUCAGAUCCAGGCCAGGACUGAGGAGGGAGAUGAGCUGACACCUGUUGAGCAAAGUGAAGUGACAGAAGAGGAGGUACUAGCUAAGGAAGAGUUUCCUGAACAGCAGUUGCCUGAGCUGGAGAAUGCGACCAAGUUGGAAGAGCCAGUUGGGCAGAAGGAAACAACUGAGGCGGAGGAGGUGGAGGAGGAAGAGGAGGAGGUGACUAAGCCAAAGGAACCACCAAGACCAGAGCAGAAGCCAGGAGUGAAGGAAGAGCUACGUCCAGGCCUGAGUGUGCCGGGCCUCGUGGACACCAACAGGAAAGGGCAUUGCCAUGCAGGAAAGCGACAGCCUCGCAGCCUAGAAAGGAAAAGCCGUGUGAAGGGGGACUAUUCCAGCCCCCAGGAAAGUAGUCUCAAGAAACGGCUAGAGAGCAAUGGGAGGAGGGCGAGCCGCGGGCAGCUUUGUACAGGGGAGCACUCCCUUGGAAAAUGGAGAUGGUUCUCUGUCUCCAGCUCAGCCCAGAAGCAUGAAACCCAAGCUAUGUCCAGCAGCGCCCUCUACCUGACGGCGGGGCCACCGUCCGUGGUGUCCACAUCAACAUCAACAGCAGCUGCGGGUGUUCCUACCCCUGGACACGAGGAUCAGCCCAUGGCCAGUCGUCAGCCUCAGCAGGGUGGGAUGGGCAUGCUCAGCAUGUGGAUGGCCCUCCUCCAGAGCCCUGCCUACUCGCAGCCCUGCCAGGGCUUCUCCGUUACCCUGUCCACCACGGCCUUUCUCCAUGUGGGCCCUGCACUGGAGGGGUGA